GCAGCUCCGAAAUUUUUCGAUCCUCUCGAAGACACGGAGGACUACAUGCCGCUACAGCGAGCGGGUACAGUGGCCUUCCCCCGGGCUCUCGAGAAAGAUCCAUGCAGAGCACAAGGCUCUUUCUGCAAGAGGCGGCGAGCGCUCGUCUGCCGGUUCCUUACGGACUUCUGCCAGAUGGUCUGGCCAAAGCUGUCAGGCGCGGUGAAAAAGAUCAUGGAUGAGCAGGUGUGCGAGGCACUGACGAAGGCAUCAGCUCAGCUUCCGGACUCAAUACGAGGAGAAGUUGCGCAUUCGAUUUGCUUCGGGGAGUCUGCACCCAGCAUCCAAGAGGUCUACAGUUGGCGGGAGCAUCCGUGCAUCAAAGACGGCAUCGAGGUGUGCGGCAAGAUGCAUUGGGAUGCUGCAGUGGACUUGCAGAUCACGGUGGGUCCCAUCAAAGUGGGCAUCGAUCGGAUUUACCUAGAAGGUGUUGGCUGUAUCAUCUUCCGACCCCUGAUGGACCAGGCGCCUAUCCUCGGGGGCUUCCACCUUUUCUACUGCUCGCCGCCCACUUUGAAAGUGCGGCUCACCGGCUUGGGGCCUCUGACCAGGUGGACUGCUGUUGACGCCACGGUGCAGAAACUCAUGGAGGACGCCUUCAACAUGGUGAUGGUUUUACCGCACCGGAUGACUCAGCGCUUCGCGAACACGAAGAUCGAUGACAUGCCGGACUUCCGCUGUCCACCCCCGCUGGGCAUUCUGCGAGUUCAGGCCUUACGUGCGCAGGGCCUGGUUGGCGUGGACUUGAACUUCCUAAGCUCUCGGACGAGUGACCCGUACUGUACCGUCACCGUGGGCGGCUGCACAAAGAGAACGGGAACGCGCCACAGGACUCUGGAGCCAAGCUGGGAGGAUGAAUCCCCCAUGGAGUUUCUGAUCUACCAUGAGCGGCAGAAUGUGACGCUUGCAGUCUUCGACGCAAACGUUCUGAAACAGGAUGUCCAGCUCGCCGGUUUGAAGGAGUCCUACACCGCUGCGGAGCUCGUGGCCCGCUGCACCACGCCCAGGUGGCUGACUUUAGACGCCACCGUCGCUGAUGCCUACGGCGCGAAGACGGAAGGAUCCGUUCAACUCCGUGUGAGCUACGUCGCACUGAGCCCCGAGGGCUCGGGCAAAGCGAAGGUGCUUGCCCUGAAGCUGGGUCGGCUGCAUGAUACACAUGCCGCCGACAUGGUGGGAAGCCGGCUCCGGCUGACGCUCGGUGAUAUCGAAAUUCAGUCGCGCCCAUGCAAG